AUGCUUGCCCGCAGCCUCCUUCUCCUCGUAGCCGCGGCGCUCCCCGCGGUGCUCGCGAAGCCGGAGCAGAUCCGCGCCGUGCAGUCGCCUAUCUUCCACUACUAUCUGCAAGCGUAUCCGGAGGACCGAUGUGUCUUUGUGCGGAAAACUAACCGCCGGCGUCUUGUUCGAGCAGCUACCAUACCGGUGAUGGGACCGGAGCACAGCAGCGAGUACUUCAACAUCGGAGGGUGGAUGCAGAGCGUGAACACGUCGCUGUUCCUCAACAUCGGCAACGACAAGACCUCGUACAAGACGCUGACGUUCGCGGAGGCGACCGUCACUGACGCGUGGGGGCUCGAGGGAGACACGAUCAUCACGAGCAGGGGUAGCAACUACGGCCGCCAGCUCAACUUCCUGGUCUGCAAGCUGACCGGCGACUACUGGCAGGUUUACCUGCAGAUGGGAAGCGAGACGCCCGCGGGCAGAACUUGCAGCAAUUAUCAGAGCUUGCAUCUUCCCUGCCUAUGCUAA